AUGAGCUUUACAUUCAACGGCGUCAAGAAAGACGGCAAUGGCGCCUACUACUACAACGAUGGCGACGUCGAGAGCCAUCGAAUUCCCCUUUCUGACCAAUGCUAUGGUGACGUGCGAAUGAGUCGCGAGCAGCUCGAGGAAUGGUUCGGCAUCAGCAACGACACGCUGCCUGAUCUCCCAGCCUACUACAUCCUGCCCCGCCUCGACAGUACCUGGGGCGGCACUGCCGGUGGUGGCUGGUGGAACGUCACUGGAGACAUUGUCGUGUACAAACCAAUUGAAUGGGUUCCCUCUGUUGCAAGAAUCAGGGACUUUCCCAAGAACAGCAUCGUCACCAACAUCGAAAAGGAACGUGUGGAGACUACAACAACCAAGCUGUAUGCAAAAGCAGAGUUCGCUUUGGAAGUUUCAGCUGGAGGCAACUACAUGGGGAUAAAGGCAGAAGCCAAAGCCAAAACAGAGACUGGUGUCGAGUUCGAGAAAGAGGUUAGGAACAAGGAUACCUACACUCAGAAGGGCGUGGUUGGCGAUGUUGCACUUGUCGAGGUUGCAGUGGGAUUGAUGCUUCGUGUUGAAGAAAUCUACACUCACAACAUCAAAGUCUGGGUUGAUGGCCGCGAAAAAGGUGACUCAUUGGGAUGGCACGGCGGCCCCUCAUGGAAUGAUAUUCAUAUUCCAUCGCGAUCACUCAGCAGAGUAGGUGGCCUCCAGUUCUCGAAAAUCACUAUGACUGGGGGCGGACACUCUGCUGGGCUCUAUGUCCAGACACUUCCAGUUUUUGACGAAAACAAGGAGUUAAAAGAUUUACACAUCGCUCUAAGCAACGUUGGUUGGACGGACUGGUAUGCUUAUGUUGCCGGGAAAAAAGGCCGAAGUUCAGGACGGCAGCUUUUGGCCUACCCCAACUAUCGCCCAUCGACAACUCUGAUGCCACUGAACAAGACACCAGCCAAGACGGAGUGA